AAUUUUUAGUGAUUCGGGAAUUAUCGCUUGCGAUGGAGUCAUAUUUUUGCGUAAUAAAAUCUGAUUGUAGUACUGUUGGAAAUUUAUUGAAAUUAUGUCAUUUGUUUAUCUUGUCCCAGCUCGGUCGUGUUCAAUGCAGAAAAGUCUCUAUCGUUUGACAAAAUUUGUCUGAGAAUUGUUAUUGUUCGAGAAAUUGUCGAUUCGGGAGACAUCUUGUGUUGAAAAAGAUACAAGUAACUUGACUUGUCUGAUUUUGUCUUUCACGUGAAAAGUAGCAGAAUUAGUUCAGUGUUAGAAAGUUCGCAACCAUGGAUGUGUCGUGGGAUGCUGAUAACUUUGAACCGAAACUUCCGACCACGUUGACGUCCAACAAAUGGGAAGGCGAGGACGAGGAAGAGACCGUCAAGGAAAGUUGGGAGGACGAAGAGGAAGAAAAGAAGGAUGAGGAGAAGAAAGAGGUAGCUCCUCCCCCACCAAAACCUAAAAAGAAAAUAUUAGACAAAAUUGCCGAAAAAGAGCGGCUUGAGCGUGAGAAAGCAGAACGUCUAGUUUCUGAGAAAGAUGAUGAGCUCACACCGGAACAGAAACUUGCUGAGAAAUUGCGACAGCAAAAAUUACAAGAGGAGUCAGAUCUCCGACUUGCUUUGGAAACAUUUGGUGUGACUGAAGGCAGUAGUGGCAAGUUGGAUAACUUCCAUCCAACCAAUAAAGAUGAGUUUACAGAGUUUGGGGACCUGCUUUGUAAAAAGAUCAACUUUUACAAAGCCAAAGAUGAAUUCCCUGCCUUUGUCGAUGACCUGGUCAAAAAUAUUGUAGUACAAAUGCCAUCAGCCGACAUUAAGAGGAUAAAAAUGACAGUGGAUAAUCUCUAUAUUGAAAAGCAAAAGGCGGAGAAGAAUGAGAAAUCAAAGAAGCCUAACAAGGGCAAAGGCAAGGCUAAAUUAAAAGUGGAAGGCGAUAAUGCUCACCUCAAUCAGUAUGAUGCCUACGGUAACUUCGAUGCUGACUAUGAUGACUUUAUGUAAACAACACAAUAUGUUGUAAAUUUUACACGAUACCUGGCCUCUGAUAUGAUUGCAAAUGUUGUUUAUUUAUCACAAAACAAUCUAAUAAAAAGUUCAUUGACCGUAUGUCAAUAUACCAUUUGGUAUGUUUUUUUUUAUACUAUUGUAUAAAGGUAGCAAUGUGUUUCUUUACGCAAUUAAAAGUAAAAACCUACGAGUUGAUAUGUUAGAAAUUUUAUUAUCUGUUUUCCAUGUGGCUUCACCAAUAUGGUGUGUAGAUUUGCCAUAUUGACUUUUAUGGUUAACCCACUCUACCAUCUAACGAUUAAUAUAACGCAAUAAGAAUUAUUUUAAUACGGUCAUGCACAUAACUUAUUUUAAUAACAUAACAUUUGAUUAAAUACUAACUGUAUGACAGUUUAAUAACUGUUUACUAAUAAAAUCACAAAUUAAUGUUCUACGCAAAAAUGAUUACUAAUGAAAACUAUGAAAUAAGCCAUAUUAUUAACUCUGAAGUAUAUCUUUACUAAUAUUAUAAAGAGGUAUAAUUUGUUUGUUUGUAUGUAUGGGGUAAAUUCUAGAACUAAUGAUCCAAUUUCAUUGGUAUAAAACUACAUUAUUUCUGAGUGUUAUGAGUAUAUAUCACAAAAUUUUCUUUAUUAUUAAAUUAAACGCGUGCGAAGCCGGGGCGGGUCGCUAGUCAGGGAUAUAUCACUAGUAACAUAAAAAAUCCUCUUGUCAUUAAAAUGUAAGUGAUAAUAUUCUAAACCUUUUCGCUCCUCAUUGGUAUGAUAUCCAUCUUUCGUUAAACAAGAUUCCUGUAAAGUACGAUACAAAAACUAGUUCAACAAUAUAAUAUCGUCUUAGUAUGAAUUAUAAUGGGAAGACCCAGUAAAAAUCUCAUUAUAUCUAUUAAACUCAUUUCAGUACAUCAAACAUUCAAUUUCAUAAAUGACGUGUGAAAAAAAAAAAUUUUGAACGAAUGAAGUGAAUGUCUGCAUUAGUCACAAAUUCCACAAUAUGUGUAAUGUAAAUAAUCCACUGAAAAUAAUAUAUAUAAUAUAAAUUUAGUUUAAAUAUAUGAUUCACCUGCAUUAGAGCAGUAUGGUAGUAUAAUCUCUAAGGCCAACAGUGGUACGUUAACAGCCUACAUCACUUUUUAUAUGAUUAAGUUUUGUUUACACCUUGUUUUAAUGCUCUCACUUUAUAUCAUUAAAUUUGCUUAUCAUACAGAGGUCAGGUAUUAAAGUGGUCUGCACAAAUUAAAAUAUCUAAUCACCUUUUAUUUUUUGGCAGGACCAUAAUAAUCUGAGCUCAACUGAGUAUUUGUACUGCUUUUCUUGGUAGUUUUUUUUUUUUUCAUUUUGUUUUAUUUGCUACGAUGUGGUAAUUUUCUUUAAAUUAAUGUCCCAAAUCAUUUGAUUUUUUCAUAACUCGAAAUUCAGUGUUGCAAUUUAAAAAAAUGUAUAUAGUUUGUACAGACCACUUAUAAAUGCCAUGUAUCCUAUAUUAUACAUAUUUUGUAAUAUACUGUCGUUUCAUUUAACGGUUACGGUCCGAUGUUAUGUUAUAUAGAUAAUAAAUUUUUUAUUGUGAUAAUA